GCGUCCUUCUCUUUGAAACGAAGUCUUACUCUUUCUUUAUAUAUCUUGUGUUUUGAACUGUGUCUGGAGCUCUGAGUUCUUCAGAAGGGCACUCUUGUCAUCUUCCUCAAUCUUCCAUGACUGUUUGAGCCUUUCAUUUAAUCAAUUCUCAUAUUUAUUUAAUUAAUCAUUAUCACUUAGCUUUUAUAGCAAUCAAUGAUCACACCGACGCAAAGUAAAGCAAACCGGCUUUUAUUAGGAUAGCACCAGGCUUGUUAAAUUGUUGUCUGGUAAGGUUUUGUUUUCAAUUAAACAUCGAAAGCUUUGUUGUGAUCGUUUCAUGAUUCUCAAAACUCUUUUGAUGGCUUCUUCCUUUUUUGUUUUUGUUUCAAUAUCAGUCUCCUUAUUUAUAACAAAUCUUUCAACUUGAUCAUCACUCUUUCAACUACUCCCCUUCAUUCAAGUAUCUCACCAAGAAACAGAGCUCUAGGAUCGUGUGUGAUCAUGGUGGAAGAUAAGAAACCCGGAAACGAACCUCUGGUUAAUCCAACAGCUGAAGAUUUGUUACUACAGGCAUUAGAGCUUGUCCCUAUUGCUUUGGACAAAGCAAGAACAGUGAAAAGUUUCUCUAGCAGGUGGAGGGUGAUCAUAUCAAGGUUAGAGAAGAUACCGACAUGUUUAUCAAACUUGUCUACCCAUCCUUGCUUCUCCAAAAAUACUCUCUGCAAAGAGCAGCUUCACGCGGUCUUACAAGCCUUGAAAGAGGCCACCGAGCUCGCGGAUGUAUGCGUGCAAGAGAAGCAAGAAGGGAAACUGAAGAUGCAGAGUGAUCUGGACUCUCUGUCUGCGAAAAUCGAUCUUAGUUUGAAAGAUUGUGGACUGCUGAUGAAGACAGAUGUUCUCGGAGAAGUUACACAAUCAAUUCAAGACGUGGAAACGUUCAGCGUCAGAGAGUUGCUUGCUCGGCUUCAAAUAGGUCACUUGGAGUCAAAACGCAAGGCCCUUGAGCAGCUCGUUGAGGUAAUGAAAGAUGAUGAAAAAGCGGUUAUAACAGCUUUGGUUCGGACCGAUGUCGCGUCUUUGGUGCAGCUUUUGACAGCUACUUCACCUAGUGUAAGAGAGAACGCUGUGACUAUGAUCUGCUCUCUAGCAGAAUCAAGGCAAUGCGAGAACUGGCUUGUCUCAGAGAACGCAUUGCCUCCAUUGAUAAGGCUGCUUGAAUCCGGAAGUCACGUUUCUAAGGAGAGAGCUGUAGUCACGUUGCAGAGAUUGUCGUUUUCAUCGGAGACAGCGCGUUUGAUUGUUGGACACGGAGGGGUUAGUCCGUUGAUCAAGAUUUGCAAAACAGGGGACUCUGUUUCUCAAGCUGCUUCCACUUGUACUUUGAAGAACAUUUCCUCUGUUCCUGAAGUAAGACAGAACCUUGCGGAAGAAGGAAUCGUUAAAGUGAUGAUAAACAUGCUUAACUGCGGAGUUCUGAUGGGAUCUAAAGUAUACGCAGCCGAGUGUCUUCAGAAUCUCACUUCCAGCAACGAAGCUCUUCGAAGAUUGGUUAUAUCAGAGAAUGGGGUUCAAACUCUGCUCGCUUACUUAGACGGACCUCUCCCUCAAGAAGAGGGAGUUGCGGCUAUUAGGAAUCUCGUUGGCUCUGUUUCUGUUGAGACUUACGUCAAGAUCAUCCCAAGUUUAGUCCAUGUUCUUGAAUCAGGAUCAACAGGAGCGAAGCAAGCGGCUGCAUUGACUCUCUACAGGAUGGCUACAUCGAAUGAGACUAAGAGAAUGAUCGGUGAGUCAGAUUGUAUCCCUUUGCUGUUAAGAAUGCUGGAAGCUAAAGAGAAUGGAGCUAGAGAGGUUGCUGCUCAAGCUAUAGCGAGCUUAGUUACUGUUCCAAGGAACUGCAGAGAAGUGAAGAGAGAUGAGAAGAGUGUGAUGAGUCUUGUGUUGCUACUUGAGCCUAGUCCGAGCAAUUCAGCCAAGAAGUAUGCGGUUCCGGUUCUGGCGGCUUUGUGUUCAAGCAGGAAGUGUAAGAAGGUGAUGGUUUCUUGUGGAGCUGUUGGUUAUCUGAAGAAGUUGUCGGAAAUGGAGGUUCCUGGUUCCAAGAAGCUUCUUGAGAGGAUUGAGAAAGGGAAACUGAAAAGUUUCUUUAGUAGGAAGUAGAGAGAGG